AUCUGUGUCGUGUUCUCCUCUCUCUUUCUCUCUCUCUCAAUCUCUCAAACCCUAGAGCAAAGGAAUUAAAAGACGAGACCUUCCACUAUUUCCAAAGCCGUGAGAUCACCAGAGUUACAUCUCCCUCUCUUUCUCUCUCUCUCUCAUCCAGAAGACUUCACGAGUCCCCAAAGAAAGAAAGAAAAAAGAAAACAACCCUAUUUCCAAAGAUGAAGAACAAUAACAACAAAUCUUCCUCUUCUUCGAGCUAUGAUUCUUCUUUGUCUCCUUCUUCUUCAUCUUCUUCCCACCAGAACUGGCUCUCUUUCUCUCUCUCCAACAACAACAACUUCAACUCUUCCUCAAACCCUAAUCUCAAUUCCUCCACAUCAGAUCAUCAGCAUCCUCACCCUUCUCACCUCUCUCUCUUUCAAGCUUUCUCCUCAUCCCCAGUCGAACGGCAAGAUGGUUCCCCGGGUGUUUCAACCGGCGAUGCCACGGCGGUCCUUUCCAGCUACCCCGGCGGUCCUAAACUCGAGAAUUUCCUCGGGGGCGGAGCCGCGACAAGACCAAUGCAACAAGUGCAAUCCCUCGGCGGCGUUAUCUUUUCUUCCGACCUACAGCCGUCUCUUCAUCCUCCCUCCGCCGCUGAGAUCUACGACGCCGAGCUCAAAUCAAUAGCUGCUAGCUUCCUCGGAAACUACUCCGGUGGACACUCAACGGAAGUCUCUAGCGCGCAUAAGCAACAACAACAGAACCCUCUAGUUGUCUCAGAGGCUUCACCCACUCCUAAAAAGACCGUAGAGAGUUUCGGACAGCGUACUUCGAUUUAUAGAGGAGUCACAAGACAUAGAUGGACUGGGAGAUACGAAGCUCAUUUAUGGGAUAAUAGUUGCCGAAGAGAAGGCCAAAGCAGAAAAGGAAGACAAGUUUAUUUAGGUGGUUAUGAUAAAGAAGAGAAAGCAGCUAGAGCUUACGACCUUGCUGCUCUUAAGUAUUGGGGUCCUACUACUACCACUAAUUUCCCGAUAUCAAAUUACGAGUCUGAACUUGAAGAGAUGAAACAUAUGACUCGACAAGAGUUCGUUGCUUCUCUACGACGGAAAAGCAGUGGAUUCUCUAGGGGUGCGUCUAUGUACAGAGGUGUCACUAGACAUCAUCAGCAUGGUCGAUGGCAGGCACGAAUUGGAAGAGUUGCUGGCAACAAAGACCUCUAUCUUGGCACAUUUAGCACUCAAGAAGAAGCUGCAGAAGCUUAUGAUAUCGCAGCGAUCAAAUUCCGCGGGCUAAAUGCGGUCACCAACUUCGACAUCAGUCGCUACGAUGUCAAGUCGAUUGCUAGCUGUAAUCUCCCUGUGGGUGGACUAAUGCCUAAAUCGUCCCCAGCAACAGCUGACAAAACAACCGUUGAUCUAUCUCCAUCCGAACCACCAUCUCUGACCACACCAUCGCUCACCUUCGACGUGGCAACACCUGUCCAUGACCAUGGAACCUUUUACCACACCGGGAUACCGAUCAAACCAGACCCGGCUGAUCACUAUUGGUCCAACGUUUUUGGAUUCCAAGCAAACCCCAAAGCCGAGAUUCGACCAAUAGCAGCUUUUGGGUCGGAUCUUCAUAACCCCUCUCCAGGCUAUGCUAUAAUGCCGAUCAUGCAAGAAGGAGAAAACAACUUUGGUGGUAGUUAUGUUGGGUCUGAAGUGUAUAACAAUCAUUCGGCUGCAUCGAGCCCUGUCUCAGCAAUCCCGCUGUCCUCGACAACGACAAUGGGUAAUGGUAACGAAGGGUACGGUGGAAACAUAAACUGGAUUAGUAACAACAUUUCUAAUUCUUACCAAAAUGCAAAGUCAAAUCUCUCUGUUUUGCAGACACCAGUCUUUGGGUUGGAAUGAGUUCUCUCUAUAAUCUUUUACUAGCAUGGACGAAAAAAAGAAUGUAGUAGGAAAGAUAAGUCUCUGUGUGAGAUUCAGAUAUUUUUCUUUAGAUUAUUUAAGUAGGUUUAAAAAACAAAUAUCUAUAAGUUUUUUUCUUUCAACUUUUAAUGUUUGUCUACUGACCACGAAUUUAGCUGGAUCUGACAGUACUAACUCUUUGUUUAAUGACCUUAUGGGUUCCUU